AUGAUGGAUCUCGCUCCGUUGGUGGCAGGUCAAAUCCUGCGGGUUGGCUACUACACCACCGGUCUCUUCGUGCUUUCCAUCGUCAUCAAUGUCAUAAAUCAACUGUUCUUCUACAACCGAAAGGAGCCCCCGGUGGUGUUCCACUGGGUACCUUUCAUCGGGAGUACAAUUGCCUAUGGAAUGGAUCCGUAUCAGUUCUUCUUCGCUUCUCGUGCGAAGUACGGAGACAUCUUCACCUUCAUCCUCCUGGGUAAGAAGACAACUGUCUACCUGGGCAUCGAAGGCAAUGAGUUUAUUCUCAAUGGAAAGCUCAAGGAUGUCAAUGCCGAGGAAGUAUAUGGCAAGCUCACCACGCCUGUCUUUGGAUCGGAUGUGGUUUACGACUGCCCCAACUCAAAGCUGAUGGAGCAGAAGAAGUUCAUCAAGCACGGUCUGAGUACCGCUGCCCUGGAAUCAUAUGUCCCUCUCAUUGCCGACGAAACGAGCUCCUACGUCAAGACGUCCCCCAAUUUCAAAGGCCAAUCCGGUACCAUCGAUCUCACGGCCGCAAUGAGCGAAAUCACACUUUUCACAGCAGCUCGCACCCUACAGGGUGAAGAGGUCCGCUCAAAGCUGACCUCCGAGUUUGCAGAGCUUCUCCACGACCUCGAUCUCGGCUUCUCGCCAAUUAACUUCAUGCUUCCCUGGGCCCCUUUGCCAGCCAACCGGAAGCGUGAUCUGGCACAUUCACGAAUGCGGGAAAUCUAUUUCAAGAUCAUCCAGGCCAGACGGGAGGCCAUGGCUCAAGGAGACGUCACACUGAAAGAGAAAGAAACUGAAGGCACAGACAUGAUUCUGAACUUCAUGAAUAGCACGUAUCGCGACGGUACACCUGUUCCGGACAAGGAGAUUGCGCAUAUGAUGAUUACUCUACUGAUGGCAGGGCAACACUCUUCUUCUGCAAUCAGCUGUUGGAUUCUUCUCCGUCUGGCUUCUGAGCCUGAGAUGACGGAGAAGCUUUACAACGAGCAAAUCCAAAACCUAGGUGCCGACCUUCCCCCACUACAAUACAAAGAUCUUGACAAGUUGCCUCUACACCAUAAUGUGAUUAAGGAGACAUUGCGCAUUCACUCCUCUAUCCAUACCCUGAUGAGGAAAGUGAAGAACCCACUCCCGGUGCCUGGCACCGAUUUCGUCGUCCCUACUUCGCACACCCUCCUCUCUUCACCCGGUGUCACGGCGAGAGACCAGCGGUACUUCAAAGAUCCUUUGAAGUGGGAUCCCCAUCGGUGGGAAACCCGAGUUGAAGUCGAGGAUGAUACCGAUACAAUUGACUAUGGGUAUGGGGCUGUCUCAAAAGGCACACGGAGCCCAUACUUGCCAUUUGGGGCAGGCAGACAUCGCUGCAUUGGAGAAAAAUUUGCUUAUCUCAACCUGGAAGUUAUUGUUGCCACUCUUGUGCGCGAGUUCAAGUUCUUCAACGUUGAAGGGAAAGAGGGUGUUCCAGAUACAGAUUACGCGUCUCUGUUCUCUCGGCCUGUUCAACCGGCUACUGUAAGAUGGGAAGCUCGCUCAUAA